AUGAACUCAUUGUCUAAAGAUGACUUACUUCAAGCAUAUCCUUUUUUUACUCUAACUGAUAUGGGUCGUUUAAAAUGCUCUUUAACAGGACAUGAAAUUGUUGAUAAUUUAAAACAACUUCAAGACUAUAUUACCACAAGAAAAUUUAAAAGAGCUCUUGAAAUUGAACAAAUAAAAAAAGAAUUCGGACAAUAUAUUGGAACAAUUGAAAAUACCGAUAGAUUGUAUUGUAAAGUUACAAUGCGUGAUAUUGAGUCUGAUCCCGUAUCAUUGAAAAAACAUUUUGAGGGAAAAAGAUUUAAAAGAAGGCUUCCAAUUUAUUUAGAGAAGAUUGAAAAAGGAGAACCAUUUUAUGAAGAAUCUGGUACAGAUUCUGAAGGAUCUAGUUAUGGCGACGAUAUUUCAUUUGAGGAGCGUAGUAAAUUAUGUGCUGUUGAGUCGGCUUCAGAAAGUGAUGAAGAAAAAUUAGUUGAUAAAAUAAAAGGUAAAUUGACAAAAAUGGAUGUUAUGGAAGAUAUACUUGAACCAGAGGAUGAGGAAAUAGAAGAAGAAGAAGAAAUAAAGAUAAAAACAACAAAAUUACAAAAAAGAAAGAAGAAGACUAAUGGUUUAAAAGCUAACAAAAAAGUUAAGAAGAAUUAA